UUUUCCGUAUGUUCGUCAGCUUCUGCUCGGUCUGCCGAGGGAAAACGGUGGAAAUGAAACGGAAAAGGAAAUCCGGUUUAUCACUUUCUCUUUCGCUUAUUUAAGUCUAUUGCUUUGGAACUUAUAUCUAAUUCCUUGAAAUUUUUACCCGGAUUGAAAAUAAAUUUGUUAUUAAUUAGUUUUAUUAAUUAUUUUCCACAAUUUCACAUUCGUAAUUUGACUAUCUUAGCUCUUUCAAUCGAUUAUUGGCUUGUUUGCUUACGUUCGUUCUUAAUUUCAUGUGUGAUGCGCUUUUUUGAAUUGAUUUACGGAAUUGAAGGCUUACUAUGUACUGUUGAAGCGAGAGGUGUUAAUAAUGAAAGAAUUCCUUGGGAAUUUGAAAUCUAUGUUUCCUUUUUCAGGAUUACGUAGGAACAAUCGUGAACCUAAAUAUGAAAAAAUCAAACAAAGUCCAGCCAACUUUCUCAUCAGCCUUUAAAGAUGCAAAAAUCGGCUGAAUUAGUUGUGAUGAUCAACUUCACUUUAAAUUAAGCAUGGCCGGAUGUGUUUAUGCAUCUGUGUAUUAGUUCAAGCAAAUGAUUAUACUUUUUAUCCUCUUGACUGAUCAUUUUUGCAUUUCUGAUGGUGAAUAUGAAACUAGCUUCCUAGGUUUGGGUGAUUCUAGUUAUAUACUGUACUCUACUAAGUGAUUGUGAUGAGAAUUCUUGAUACUGGUGCAUUUUUUCUCUUGAUCUCUAGCUUGUAGAUUGUUAUGACCUUGUCUUUGCUUCAGCUUAAUAUGCUAUUAUUGAUUAAAGUUGAGGAGAUAAAAAUGGCAUCAAUUUGUGAGUGUUCAGAUUUAACUGUUUAUUCUUUGUAGAUCAUAACAUGAUCAUGCAGAAAAUGAAGGCAGUGCUCCCUCUCUCUCUCUUUUUUUUUUUUUAAUCAGUAUUGCCAAAAGCAGAAAAUGAUCAGAAAGAGUAGAGUUCGAAGGCAUGAAAAAGGACUCAAAUAGAGGAAUGACUGAUCUAUCCUAGCAAGAGCCCCUGGAAAGUCUGGAGUCAAAAACAAUUGUUCUUUGGCAUUUGAUUUCUCUUUCAAAUGUGACAAGCCUCCUACUGGACUUUUGCAUCAGCAGUAUGCUGUGCUCAAGUGAUCCUUGCUGUAAAUGGGGUCAUCCAUUUCUGCUAGACUUGUAGCAAGGCUACUCAAUUUUGCCUUGGAAAAUUGGGAUGGCAGUUGUUUCAGUGGUCCAUUGGUUUGUGGCGGUACUGCAAUAUCGCCUUGAAGCCUUCUAUCAUCUUAGCAAACAUGGUACGUUUCAGAUUUCCAAUCAUAAAACACGUGGGCGGAAUGGAAACACGUGGCUUUUGAAGUUUUUUACCCUUCCUGAGAAUUACCCUUUUAAAUACCUCAUUCUCAUCGAAAACCUAGACGAGAAUUCAUCGAGGCCAAUUCCUGAUCGCUGGAUGUUGGUUGUUAAAGAGCAGAAGGGUGGAUCUAGGCGCUCGUACUACUCAUGUCCAGAGACUGGUCAAAAGUUCUACACCUAUGAAGAUCUCAUGCGAUAUGUGAACUAUGCAAAGGCUGCUAAGCUUUCCAUCUACUCACCUAAUUUUCGUCCCAUUAAUCCUCGCAAACCAAAGAAAAAAGCUAGCGUGCCUGAUGUAGAUCAGAGUGCAGUUGAGAAAAGCUCAGAUUCAGAAGAUUCUACAUUCAAAUUGCCUAGCAUUGCUUCGCUUGAGCUGAUGGAGGUGGUGAGUCCAUCACAUUCUGACAAACAGUCUGCAUCAGGGAAAUCGAAGCUGGAGAACCAGUCUUCGAAUGAGGCAUGCAGUUCUGAGAGGGGAAAGGGCAAGAAACAGAAGAAGUGAAAGCGACGGAAAAGAAGUGUUAGCCUCCUGCUAUAUUAUUAGUAAAAAUAAAAUGGUAUACAAGUUUUGUAUUGCCAUAGACUUUGUUUCCUGAACUCAGGACUUGUUGAUUUGCUUUGUGUGUUUGGAUCCAUCACAGACUUGACUUGUGAUACUGCUUUUAACUGUUAAAUUUACCUUUCCAGUUGGAGGCUUUCUAAUUCCUAUGCUCAGUUGCUCUAUAUAUUGUCUUCCUUCCCUUCA